AUGAACAACCAACUGCUGGAGCUCACGAGGCGUAUUAAGGAGCUCCAGGCUGGGAAUUUGGCCUUAAUAAAUCAAGAUGGUACCAUAGAUGCAGUCGUGGCAACCAUUGCCAAUUCACCGUCCCGAUUCGAACGUCAACUGGCCGUCAAGCUGCUGAUUCUCACCAUAUACGCAUCGCCGAGUCCAGCAGGCUUGGAUCUUACGACAUCUCUGUCAUCAUUAAUUGAUAAAAACCGGAUUGGUCUAUAUGAAGUACUGCAUGCUAUUAUCAAGCAUGCGAGAGCCAGUCAGAUACGUGACGAUUGGAGAGUAGUAAUAUCUAUUCGUGCCUUUGGGGAUGCAUUGGCGAAGCAUGUCCUACAUCAAGACACGGUUUCUGAUGUCGCAUUCUUGAAAGUCGCCACUCAGGUUUUUAAAUUGCAACGAGACUCGCUUGGGUAUUAUUUCGGUGAUGUGAUGAAUGUAUUUGAGUCUCAGACUUCACAGUCCAGUGCAGUGAAAGCUUUCUCAGCAUACCUUGAAGUUUGCUAUAAAAGUUCUUUUCAAAUGUGGUGGUCGGCUAUAUCAGACGAAGACUACACUGAGAUUACCUUUGACCAUCCUCCGAACCAAGAACAACAGGACGAGUGGAAGACUGCAGACAGAGAGAGUCUACGACACGUUCUAUAUACUAUUGGAUUAGCCAUACGGUCUUGCUUGAUAGCUCGAGAUGUCGAAGUUAUAGGAGUGUUGCAGGAACUUGAAGCGAAACAAGCUAUCCUGGCAAGGCGAGAUCUGGCAUUGGACUUGCUGACAUUAAAUACAGAUCAUGAUGGACGUCUAAUGGAAUUCAUGAAUCUCGUCCAAGCAAUCCACUUUGCAUUGAAAACGGAAGUGGGCGCUUCGGUCGCCAAAUCCCUGCCACUUCUCUCACGUUGUUUGGCAACAUGUACGCCUCACGAUAUGUUUGUUACAUACGCCAACAUGCUAUCAUAUUCAUCGUCCAGUAUGGUUGAUUUCUUGCUAUCAGAAGAGACUGCUUUUCUGGAAUUCUUGAUCAAGUACUUGAGGUUUGCGUUGGAGGAUAUGAAAGGACUGACUGACACGUGUCUGUCGAGGUGUAUUGAUAUAGAUGAGAUUGAGACCAUGUUGAGAUCCUGCGGGAUCUUCGGUAUACAAACUUAUCUGAUCGAACGAGACCGCAAAUACAUCGUUGACGCUCUCCUCAAUGGUCUUGCAAGAUUGGAAUACCGAGGAUAUGACUCCGCUGGCUUAUGUAUUGACGGAGACAAUGAUGAGACCCUCGUUUAUCGUGAAGUUGGAAAGGUUGUGAAUCUUCGUGCCACAAUCGCCAAAGAUGCGAAAUUGAACCUUGACAAGACUUUCAUGGUUCAAUGUGGAAUGGCACACACCCGUUGGGCUACCCAUGGACCACCAAGUGUCCGCAAUUGUCACCCUCACUCCAGCGACCCAACGAAUGAGUUCAUGGUAGUUCACAAUGGUAUCAUUACGAAUUACAAGGACCUAAAGACAUUCUUGGAACGGCGAUACGGUGAAAACUCAUUCACUUCUGAAACUGAUACUGAAUGUGUUGCAAAACUAUGCAAAUACGUCUACGAUCAACAAAAGCAAGCUGGUGUAUCAAUGAGCUUUACCAAACUUGUCAAGGCUGUUUGUUCUCAGUUGGAAGGAGCCUUUGCAUUCAUCUUCAAGUCUUCCAAACACUUCCCAGGAGAAUUGGUCGCUUGUCGUCGAGGCUCUCCCUUACUCCUUGGUGUGAAAACAACCAGGAAACUCAAGGUCGACUUUGUUGAUGUCGAAGUUGAAACAGACAUGGCUUCCUUGGACACGGCUGCCAAUGGUUUCUUGGGUGUUGAAGCUCCUCGCUUACGACGAACACAAUCCAGAGCCUUCAUGGCUGAAGAUGGAAACCCAGAACCUAUCGAAUUCUUGUUGUCUUCUGAUGCUUCCGCCAUCAUUGAACAUACCAAACGAGUUUUAUAUCUCGAAGACGAUGAUAUUGCUCACAUUCAUGACGGAGAACUUCAAAUUCAUCGAUUGCGUCGAGAUGACACAAUGUCUGCCAUUCGUCCCCUGGUUGAAUUGGAACAAGAAUUGGAAGCCAUCCAAAAGGGAUCUUUCGCUCACUUCAUGCAAAAGGAAGUCUUUGAACAACCCGAGUCUGUUGUCAAUACUAUGAGAGGUCGUGUGAACUUUGAUACCUACCGAGUCAUAUUGGGUGGCCUUCGAUCUCAAUUGUCAAAUAUUCGACGAAGUCGACGAAUCAUAUUCUGUGCUUGUGGUACUUCGUAUCACAGUUGUGUCGCGACUCGAGCUUUGUUUGCUGAAUUAGUUGAAGUGCCUGUAAGUGUGGAGCUGGCUUCUGCAUUCCUCGAUGAACGUCUCCCAGUAUUCCGUGAUGAUGUCUGCAUAUUCGUUUCCCAAUCAGGUGAAACAAAAGAUACCCUCCUUGCUCUCGCAUACUGCAAAGAACGAGGUGCAUUGUGCCUAGGUGUUUGUAACACUGUCGGUUCUACCAUCUCUCGUGAAACUCAUUGCGGUGUUCACAUAAACGCUGGACCUGAAAUCUCUGUCGCUUCAACCAAGGCCUACACAUCUCAAUUCAUUGCCUUGACAAUGAUUGCUCUUCAACUAUCUGAAGAUCGUCUUGACAAGCAAGCACGACGAACCGAAAUCAUUGAUGGAUUGGCUGCUCUCUCUUCAAAUAUUCGAAAAGUGUUGGCUUUGGAACCUGAUAUCAAAAAGUACGCUACUGAAUACGGAAAGCAUGAAAACUUGAUCUUGUUGGGUCGUGGAUAUCAAGGAGCUACUGUAUUAGAAGGUGCUUUGAAGAUCAAGGAAGUCUCGUACAUUCACGCUGAAGGUAUCUUGGCUGGCGAAUUGAAGCAUGGUCCUUUGGCUCUUAUUGAUGCCCUCAUGCCAAUCAUAAUGGUGAUGACCAAGGAUCGACACUACGACGACAACAUGAACGCCUUCAAACAAGUCACUGCCCGAGAAGGCAAACCCUUGUUGAUUAUAUCUGAAACAGACAAGAACAGUGAAUUCGCUCCAUUCAACUCGUUACGUGUUCCCACUACCGUUGACUGCUUACAAGCUGUAUUGAAUGUGGUUCCUUUACAACUAUUGUCAUACCACGUUGCUGUCAACAAGAAGAUCAACCCUGACAAUCCAAGAAACCUGGCCAAGAGUGUCACUACUCAAUAG